GGGGCGGUGGAGGUACGGCGGCCGGGAGGGGCGGUUUGUCUGUCUGUCCUGGGGCGGGGAGAGGUGUGCCCGUCUGGCGGCAGGGAAAGGGAACUGUCUGUCCGUCUAUCUGUCCACGGAGCGGGGAGGAAGGCUUCGUCCUGAAGGAGCGAGGGCGUCAGGGGUGUGUCUUUCCGUCCGUCCGUCUGUCCGUCCGUCCGUCGGUCCAGGGAGCGGGGUUGGUGUGGAGGUGGGGGGACGCGUGUCCUUCAACUGGCGGUGGGAGAGGCUCUGUCUGUCCGCCUGUCUGUUUGUCGGGGGGCAAAGAUCCCGGGGCGGGGAAGGAGUGACCGUGCUGAGGCUGCGUAUGUCAGUCUGUCUGUCUGUCCUGGAAGGGAUCGGCCUGUCCGCCUGAGGGAGGGUCGGUCGGCCGGUCUGUCCGUCUGGGGGCGUGGGGGGAGGAGUCUGUGUUUCUGUCUGUCUGUCUUUCUGCGGGUCCGGGAAGGGCCGGCAGCCAUCUGCCCUUGGGGUGAGCGUCCGUCUGUCCCGGCUGUGAGCCUCCCCUCCCUCUCAGAGCCCCGCCAUGAGCUCCAAGGCCAAACGGGUGUUGCCCACCCGCCCCGAGCCGCCCACCGUGGAGCAGCUCCUGGCCGACGUGCGGGGCGCACCCCCGGCCGACCCCGUCCUCCUGCUCCCGGCUGAGCCUCCCCGGGGCAGCGGUGCUGACCGUGACGGCCCCGCUCCAGGGCAGGAGGACGGCGUGGAGGAGCAGGAGCGGCUGUACCGGCAGUGCCGCGGUUACGUGGAGAUGAACCGGCGGUUGCGGGAGGCGCGCGGGGAGCUGGCAGAGAAGCGUGACGAACUGCAGAGGGCGGGCGCGGCACUGGAGAGAGACAUCGCCGAGAUGCGGCAGAAGGCGUUCUGAGCACCCGCGGCCUUCAUCCCCACCACGUGGCUGUGCGAGCAGCUCUGCCCCCUACCAGCGCCAUGUCCACACGGCAUCGCUUCACCUACGACUUCUCCAUCUGGUACUGCCCUGAGGACCACGCCGUCGCCUCCAUCAUCGCUGAGUUCUUGAUGAAAAAGGGCUUCCGAGGCUACUUGGAGCACUGGGACCAGGUGGCUGGCACCCCGGUUGUGCUGAGUGCCACUGAGGCCAUCGGUGCCAGCAGGGUUGGCAUCCUCCUGCUGUCCCCCACAUCUGUGGGGGAUGCGUGGUGUCAACGGGUGUCCGAGUGGAACUUGCAGCACGUCGUGGAGCGCGGUGGCACCAGGGUGCUCCCCGUGUGCCUGGGGCUGAGGAAGGAGGAGGUGCCACCCUUCCUGCAGCACCUCACCCAGCUGCAGUAUCAGACCCCUUUCUUCUUCGAGCGGCUGCUGCGGAGCCUGGCAGCAUCGCAGGCCCUACCAGGAGAGCUGAAGAGAGCCGAGAGCUGAGGGGCAGCUGGGGGUGGUGGGUGGGGGUCUUGUGGUGCGGUGAGAGCAGGGUGGUGGGAAUGGGCCACCAUGAUGGGUGCACGCAGUGGGACACUGCAGCGAUGUGCCUGGGGCUGCGGUUAUCACAAACCUUGACAAAUCCUCAAUAAAACCCUUCUUGGGAA